CGACUGAACACACUGAAACGACUGAGUCAAGCGUUGCAAGCAAACCAUGCACACGACCCAAUUUUUCUUUCAACUGUGAGAACAGACCACAUGGCGACCAGCACUGAUCGGCACGAUGAACCUCACCAUGAUGCUCCUCGACCUCGACCUCCUCUCCAGCAGCCUCAACGAUCACAUUCCGCCACCUAUGGACUGCUGUCGACCCUGUCCUACUUCACCGAACCUGUGCGAUAUACCACCUCCGCCCUCAUACGCCGACUGUCCGAGGACGAAGCUCCUACACCUUUAGCCAAGGCUCUCAGCGCUAACUACAACGGCUCAAUGACCGAUCCCACACUGGGUGUCUACCACCCGCCACAGGCACCUAUGCGAAAACGCUCGCCAUUCCAGCCUCCUCCACUUACACCUCUGACGCUCACGGGAUACAAAACUGGCACAGCAAGCAAGGCGAAACUGCUUAGGAAAGCUGUCGCCGAGGAGAUUAGACUGUUGAUACCUCCACGACUCCAGCUCGUGGACCAUUGGAAGCUCGCCUACUCUUUGGAACAGAAUGGUAGCACACUGUCAACACUCUAUGGCCUCUGCGAUCAGUAUCGGGGCAAGCGCGGUGGGUUCGUGGUGGUGGUAAAGGAUGCGGCAGGCGGUGUCUUCGGUGCAUACCUCUCUGAUGCUCCCAAGCCUCAGUCACAUUACUUCGGGAACGGAGAAUGUUUUCUGUGGCGAGCGUUCGUUUUGCCAGGGCUACCAGACCUUUUGGACUUACCACCACCACCAAGCGCAGACACCACCCACGCUUACCGUAUGACCACGAUCGGAGUGACCAGGAGUCCUUCCGCAACUUCGUUGGCAUCACUGGAUGUGCCAAGUACCAAUGGGCACGCGAACGGCGCGGCUACUCCAGAGCGCAUACGUUUCAAGGCGUUCCCGUACACGGGAGAGAACGACUUCAUGAUCUACUGUGCACACGACUACUUGAGCGUGGGUGGUGGUGAUGGACACUACGGGUUAUGGCUUGGUCAAGGCCUGGGCAAUGGCGUGAGCGAAAUGUGUCCAACAUAUGGGAACGAGGCGCUUAGUGAAGAGGGGUCAAAGUUCGAUGUCAUGGGUGUGGAAGUGUGGUAUGUGGGAUCAUGAUACCAUCUCGACAGCACUCUGCCUUUCGGUGGUCAGAGGAUAGAGAAAAGUGUGGCAUGGCGAAGGCGUUGGAGAUAAGGCUGGCGUUAUUGAUAAUACGAUACCCGGAUCCUUUCAAUGCGAUCAAUAUUGAAUAAC